AUGGAAUUUUUCGAGAAAGGCAAGUCUGUUAGGCUCAAAAGCCACCUAGACAAGUACCUCUUCGCCGAAGACGACGGAGAAACUGUUCGACAAAGCCGCAACUUUUCCUCAAGGAAAACGAGGUGGACGGUGGAGUUCGUGGAAGGGAAGAACCAUUUGUUGCGAUUCAAGAGCAGUCACGGCCGUUACCUCACCGCCUCCGAUGCUCCCUUCCUUCUGGGUGUAGCAGGGAAGCGAGUCACCCAGUCGCUUCCUUCCACCAAAUGUGAGUACUCUUCGGUGGAGUGGGAACCCCAAAGGAAUGGGAAUCAGGUGAAGCUCAGGUCAUCGGAGAGUACAUUCUUGAGGGCUAAUGGUGGUGUGCCGCCUUGGAGAAGCUCCAUAACCCACGACGUCCUACAGUUUCCGGCUACACAAGAUUGGGUAUCUUGGUAUGUGCAAUUGGUGGAAAACCCUGAAGGCGAUGAUGAUGAUAAUGAGUCUGUCGCCGAUUACCAAUCGCAGAUAUCGACCUUAUCUUCUGUGACGGACGAUCUGUUACUGGAUUCCGAACCAGAUUCGCCAUUGUCGACGGCGUUGAGCAAAGCUAAGAAAUUUUCAUUUUCGGGUUUGGCGAAAUCUUCCAAAUUCUCUUUCCCCAAGUCUUCCAAGCAUUCUUUGACGAGCUCGGAGUCGGUAAAGGACAUCUCCGACUAUGAAUCUUAUGCGAGCAAGGUUAGGUUCCCUUCUUUUCUUCUCCAUAUCCUGUUUGUUACCAGCACUUGUCCACGAAAUAAAAUGGUCAACGGUUUGGAGGGUCAGGAUCAUACAAUCAUUGUGAUGGUUAGUGUUGUUCCUACUCUCAUCUUUAUGUUGAGGAUCUGGAUUUUUAUUCUUAGCAAGUCUUCCUUGGGAGUUGGGUAG